AUAUUACAUUACACACCCAAUCUCUCUGUCUUCUAAUCUUCCACCCUUGAUUUCACGAAGCUUGUGGAUUCUUGAAGCAUCCUCUUCUAGGGUUCUUUCUCUUUUAAUUAUUACCUUUUAAAGCUCUUUUCCGAUCUUGUCCUUCUCGGUAUCAGUCGUAUUAAGUGGAAUUUUGCCCAGUCCAAGAAGCUAUUUUCUGUUGGCUGAGUGCUAGUUGGAUACUCUCAUAAUAUUGGAUUUGUUUCAGGACUUAGGAGGGAAAGUUCAUCUGAAAAAUGGGUUAUAUGUGUGAUUUCUGCGGAGAUCAAAGGUCGAUGGUCUAUUGCCGAUCUGAUGCUGCUUGCUUGUGUUUAUCAUGUGACCGUAAUGUUCACUCUGCUAAUGCUCUUUCUAAGCGUCACUCAAGAACACUUGCAUGUGAAAGAUGCAGUUCACAACCAGCAGUAGUUAAGUGUGCUGAAGAGAGGGUCUCUCUGUGUCAGAACUGUGAUUGGAUUGGUCAUGCCCACUCCACCUCGGCUUCAACCCAUAAGAGACAAACAAUCAAUUGCUACUCUGGCUGUCCAUCUGCCGCAGAACUAUCUUCAAUAUGGUCUUUUGUUUUGAACACUUCUUCUGUUGGUGAAUCGACCUGCGAGCAGGAGAUGGGUUUAAGGAGCAUUGCCAGUAGUAGUGCAAGAAAUACAUUGGGGGCUGCAGAAAAUACAAUCAGCCAAAACAUGCCUAGUACAAAGGUGAAUGAUGUGUCUGACAAUGAUAGGUCAGGUGCUUGGGUUGGAAACUCUUCAACACCUCAACUUAGCUCCGCACCAUGUGCUCUUGGCCCGCUAGCUGGAUCUACAAAUCUGCCUUUGCCCAAGUUAUGCUGUCCUGGAAGUAAAGAUCCUGCAGUCUGUGAAGAUGAUAUUUAUGAAGACUUAAAUAUGGAUGAAGUGGAUUUGAACAUUGAAAACUAUGAAGAACUUUUUGGUGUAGCUCUCAGUCACUCGGAAGAGCUCUUAGAGAAUGGGGGGAUUGAUAGCUUGUUUGGGACAAAGAACAUGUCUGGUGCUGAUUCAAACUGUCAGGGUGCUGUGGCCGCUGAGGGUUUGUCUGUUGGAGUGGCCAGUGCAAUACAGCCAGCUUGCAGCAAUGCAGCAUCUGCUGAUUCCUUGAUGAUUUCAAAAAGGGAACCAAUCCUUUGUUUAACGGGAACGCAAGGUCACACAAUAUCAUUUUCUGGCCUCACUGGAGAGAGUAGUGCUGGAGAUUAUCAAGAUUGUGGGGCAUCUUCAAUGUUCCUUAUGGGAGAGCCUCCAUGGUGUCCUCCGGGCCCAGAGAGUUUCUUCCCGUCAGUGAGUCGUAGUAAUGCAGUAAUGCGCUACAAGGAGAAAAAGAAGUCACGAAAGUUUGAGAAAACAGUGAGGUAUGCCUCCCGGAAAGCGAGGGCUGAUGUGAGAAAGCGUGUACAGGGGCGGUUUGUUAAAACUGGUGAUGCUUAGGCAGAAUAUACGCAUAUCUUACUCCAUAUAAUAUGUGGAGAUGUUUGUUUCAGGAAUUGAACAUGUGAGCUCGAAGUUUAGUCCUGCAACUGUACCGUUGCAACUGUACCAUUGGGUCACAUGAAGAAUUUGAUGUUUAGUGGGAAAGAAUCGGCGAUUAU